GCUGUGACUUUCGCAAAGGGGCGACGCCGUGAUCUGAGACCCUCCCAAUCAAGCAGACACGAGAGGACAAGUGAAGGGGAGGGGGGGGGGCGGGUGCCCAGCACCCCGGCACUCUCUGAGCCCGCCGAUUCACAGGCGCUCGCGCACGGGGGGCACGCCCGGGGCAGUAGCGGUUUCCGGCGCCCGCGGGAUUGGCCGCGGGGUGUGGGGCCGAAAAGCAGCGGGAAGCAGCCCCUCGGCCGCCUCUCCCCGCGCCCCGCGCGCCCCUCCACCCGCAGGGCGCUCGGCCGGGGUGCGGAGAGGCGCUCGCGCGCGCAGCGCGCCUCUGCCGCCACUUCUCGCGAGGUUUCGGCGCCCCCCCUCCGCCCCCACGAGCCCCCCCGGGAGCGCGGGCGCCGGCAGCUCGGGCUAUGGCUGCGCUGCGGAGGCUCCUGUGGCCGCCGCCUCGGCUCCCCUGCCCCGGGCCGUGGGGGCGGCCGGCGGGGAUAGCCCCGGCGGCCCCGGGCCGGCCCUUCUCCUGCCGGGAGGACGAGGAGGGGGCCGGGGCUGAGGCGGUCUGGAGGCAGCGGCGGCGCUGGGGGGAGCUGAGCAUCGCGGCGGCCGCCGGCGGGGGUCUGGUGGGCCUCCUGUGUUACCACCUGUAUGGGGACCCCCGGGCGGACUCCGCGCGGGCGCCGGCCCCGGGGCACCCCGGCGAGAGCGCGGCGGCCGAGCCCGAGGACCCGCCCCGCGGCCGGGGGCUGCUUCCCAUCCCGGUGGCGGCUGCCAAGGAAACGGUUGCUACUGGCAGAACAGACAUUGAAGAUUUAGACCUCUACGCAACAUCUCGGGAAAGACGGUUUCGUUUGUUUGCUUCCAUAGAAUGUGAAGGACAGUUAUUUAUGACUCCUUAUGAUUUUAUUUUGGCUGUAACCACAGAUGAGCCCAAAUUUGCUAAAACGUGGAAGUCACUUUCCAAACAGGAAUUAAACCACAUGCUCUCAGAAACACCUCCAGUUUGGAAAGGAUCAUCAAAGCUGUUUCGAAAUCUUAAAGAAAAAGGUGUUAUUUCUUACACAGAAUAUCUUUUUCUUUUAUGUAUUUUAACAAAGCCACACGCAGGUUUUAGAAUAGCUUUCAACAUGUUUGACACUGAUGGCAAUGAGAUGGUAGAUAAAAAGGAGUUUUUGGUGCUUCAAGAAAUAUUCAGGAAAAAAAAUGAAAAGAGAGAAACUAAAGGAGAUGAAGAAAAGCGUGCAAUGCUGCGUCUUCAACUUUAUGGAUACCAUUCUCCUACUAAUAGUGUACUUAAGACAGAUGCUGAAGAACUUGUCUCCAGGAGCUAUUGGGAUACAUUGAGACGUAAUACGAGUCAAGCACUCUUUUCAGAUCUCGCAGAGCGUGCUGAUGAUAUUACAAGCUUAGUAACAGAUACUACACUUCUAAUACACUUUUUUGGAAAGAAAGGAAAAGCUGAGCUCAACUUUGAAGAUUUUUAUAGAUUCAUGGAUAACCUCCAAACAGAAGUUCUAGAAAUUGAAUUUCUUUCCUAUUCUAAUGGGAUGAAUACUAUCAGCGAAGAAGAUUUUGCUCAUAUUCUUUUACGAUAUACAAACGUGGAAAACACAUCAGUAUUUUUGGAAAAUGUACGUUACAGUAUAUCUGAAGAAAAGGGUAUCACAUUUGAUGAAUUCAGGUCAUUCUUCCAGUUUUUGAACAACCUAGAAGACUUUGCAAUAGCCUUGAAUAUGUAUAACUUUGCAAGUCGUUCUAUAGGGCAAGAUGAAUUUAAGCGUGCCGUCUAUGUAGCUACUGGCCUCAAACUUUCACCACAUUUAGUGAACACAGUCUUCAAGAUUUUUGACGUUGACAAAGAUGAUCAAUUAAGUUAUAAAGAAUUUAUUGGAAUUAUGAAAGACAGACUCCAUAGAGGAUUCCGGGGUUAUAAAACAGUUCAGAAGUAUCCCACUUUCAAAUCCUGCCUGAAGAAGGAACUCCAUAGCAGAUAAAUACUCCUACUGCAAAGUUUAAAUGAUUAUCUACAUGACAAAUACAAGAAGCAAAAUUUUAAGAGAGCAGAAGCAGUUCUGACAUCAGAACAUGUAGAAAUGAAGGAAAAGGUGAAAUACUAUGAAAACUGUAACUUUCUUGAACAGAGAAUAUAUAUAUGUACAUAUAUAUAUAUCUUCUUACAGACUACAAAUGUUUUAUGUUACCAAGCUGAGCUUUUACCAUCAUUUAUUGGACUCUGCACUUCUUCAUUCCCUUCAGAAGUAUAUAGAUACUUCCUAUGAACUAUACAAAAAUGUUUUGUUUUUUAAUUUAUUAGCAAUUUGCUUCCUUUCAAAAAUAAUGUAUGACUCCUAGAAUGUAGAUCAUGUAAAAAUGAACAAGAUACUUUAUUUGGUUUUGAACUGUGAAUUUAUUUGCAGAAAAUGAAUUUUCCUUGAGAUCUAACUUAGGAUCCUUAGAAUUGUUAGUAAAUCUCCAUUAUUUGCUAGAUUUUUAACUACAUUGAAAUAAUUUUUUAAAAAACAAAUAGAGACAUAACUAUCCUAAUAUAUGGUUUACAUUGUACUUUUAACUUGAAAAAGUACUUAAUAUGCACUGUUUGAAUCAUAUAACUUUUUUUUCACUUUCUGUUCAUUUACCAAAGUCAACAGAAUGUCUGAUACUGUUUUAUUUAUAAAAUAAAAAAAUUAAAACAGAUUUUUUCUCAAAAAUGUAAAAUAUCGAUGUAGCAACUGGUGGCUGUAGCAGUAGUUAGUGUUAUAGUGGUCGUAAACAAGAUGCUUCUCCUGGUCACAGAUGGUACAUGUAGUAACACUAGUUACAGCCCUAUAACUUAUUGCAUAUUGUUAGUACAUGUUUUUAGCAUUAAAUGGAGUACUACAUAAGACUAAUGUAAAGUGUUUUAGAUAGAAAACUGAUAUAUAGAGGUAUUCAGAUAAAAGUUAAUGAUUUAUUUCUUUUAAAAGGACCACAUCAUACAAAAAUGACAUGCCAGUAAUACUGAAUAAUUUGAAUAUAAUUAUUUCAAAAUGUCUUAAAAGAGGAAGGAACAUUUUUCUAUUGAAAAACAGCAAAAUUAGAUAUUCCCUUGGAGAAAAUAACUCGAUAGUACUUAUUGAAACCUGUUCAAUUUUAAAAGUAAAAUUUAUAAAACAAUACUAUACAAAAUAUAAUAAAAAAUUUAAAUUAAUAUAUUUCUAUAUUAUAUAAGGAAUAUAUUCCCUUAUCUUCUUUUUCUAGGAUGUAUUUCAUGUAUUGCAAACACUCCAACUAUUUUUUUGCUUUGCAUAUGAAAAUAGGAAGUACAAAUUUUGUUUUUGUAAGUUAUUAAAUGUGAAAUAGUUCAACAUCAGUCUAUUUAUAAAAGUUACAUUCUUUCUAAGAAAAUGAAGAAAAUGUUAUCAUUUACUGUGUUAGCCAACUUUUUACAUUCUUUACCUAAUAUUAUUUAUUAUACUGAUAUAUAAAUAGUGAGUUGUUUGUUUGAGAAUUCAAUAUAGGAUGAUAAUUUCACUUUGCUUGCUUUUAAGAUUGAUUUAAUUGACUAAAUGAAAAUGCUUAAUGUUCAUAUAAGCUGCCUCAAAUAUAUUUUAACGCUAAUUGUUGUCAGUAUUUAUCAUUUGCUAUCCAAAAUAAUUGAAAAUUGCAGUUUACUAUUACCUUUAUAAUAUAUAAAUCUUGAAUGUAUAUUAUAUACAGUGAAGUAUAUAAUAUAUAGUAUAUAGAACAAUAUAUACUAUAUAUUAUAUACUUUAUAAUAUCUUGGCUGUAUAUUAUCUCAGACAUAUGAAAAAUUCUUUAUGCUAUAAUAGUAUAUUAUGUCAUCUGAUAUAAUUUGGAUGUAGGUUAAAAAUUAAUAUUGCCAAUUAAAACUUUAAUUCUGACAGUCUCUAAAGGAAGGCUCCAUAUAUAAUCUCAUUUAUUUUUUGCUUAUUCAAGAAAAUAAUGGAUGAUCUUUUGCUUAUAAAAAAGAAUGCAGUAUACAUAAUACAAAAAUGGGAAUAAAGUAUCCUGAUCAACUAAGUAAAAAACUAAUAAAUAAAUAAAUAUAUGUUAUCACUCUUUAACAUUAUCAUCUAUAAAAUGAGAGAUAAAUGUGUUUCACUGGAUUGUUGUUUACAUCAAAUGAAAAUUUAAGUCCUUUGAAAAUAGCAAUAUACUAGAUACAUGUGUGCUUUUCUCAGUAUUUUCUUCUACAAACAAGUCUUUGAAAAGAUGAACUAGACAAAGUUGUGAUAUCCUCUUCACAGAGUCUGCAUGAAUGAAAGGUCUUUGGUACUUUCCAACUAUUUCAUAUUAAUUUGUUUAGCUCCAGUUCAUUUAUUGUUCUUCUUAGAAAUUAUACUUGUAAUGCAGCCUGUCUUACAUUCUUGUUAUCUUAAAAUAAAUGUACUUGAAUCAGGAAACUU